AUGUUCUUUUCACCAACAGCUUCAGCAAAGUUUGCGCAAAAGUGCAAAGAGAAUGGUCUCACAGUGACGUCCGGCUUAACCGCCGUAUUGGCCGGCGCGUUGUUCGAGCAGCUUCCAGAUACUGUUCGCGCCCUCACAGGUAUUAUACCGAUCAACCUUCGUCCAUGGCUCAGCCUCCACCAUAACUACAGCCCCGCGAACGAAGCAAUGGGCAGUUUCAUCGAUGCAUUGAAAGUACAGAUCCGUCGCGAGCAUUACUCCUUCCCCACCGACAGCGAUGAACACACAGGAGCUACACGCGGAAUCGUGGCCGCGCGUCAUACAGCAGAAUCAAUUAAAGGUUACAUGGGUACCAAGAGUCCGAGUGGUGAGCCAUAUACUUCGAUCGCUGCAUUCGAAGGUAUACACGACAUAGCUGCGGUCUUCAAGUCUAUGGUCAACACGCCCCGCGAUGCGGCAUUCGAGAUCUCGAACCUUGGCCGCUUCCCACCAGCGUCUUCCCCGUCCUUUGACGUUCCUGAUAGUGCUUGUGAAGAUCGGUGCCGUAUCGGACGCAUGACCUUCAGUCGUAGUGCCGUUGGCUUCGGCGCUGCGAUCACAACGAGUGUUGUGAUGGGGAACGAUGGUGUCUUGAGUGUGGGGUGGAGUUGGCAAGAGGGAGUGGUAGGGGCAAAGCUUGUGGAAAGUGUUAUGGAGAGCUUCAGGAAGGCCGUUAAGGGUGGCGUUCAUUUUUGA